CAGAGGUUAGGGGGAUAAGGAAUUGUGAGAAAGAUGAGUAGUAAGGGGUUACUGAGAGGAGCUUCGGUGAGUGCGAAUGCAGUGUGGCACAGAAGCAGUUUCUUCCCGAAGGUAACGGUUAGCGUCCACCGCAAGUUGUUCAAGUUUCGAAGCUUUUCGUCAACCGCCACUACUUGCUCCUCUCUUCAACCCCCGGAUUUGCCUCGUUUGGCCAAAACAGCUCAAAUUUCCCUUACCCCAAACGAGGUUGAAGAAAUUGCUCCCAAAAUUCAACAAGUUAUAGACUGGCUUGGACAGCUGCAGAGUGUUGAUCUUGAAAGCGUUGAACCCUCCAUCAGAGCAGAGACUGAAAACAAUCUGCGUGAGAAUGCUCCUGAAACAUUUGAUCAUAGGGACGGCAUGAUCGCUUCUGUCCCGAGCUACGAGGAGCCUUAUAUUAAAGUUCCAAGGGUCUUAAGCAUGGAUUAGAGUUAAAUUGCUUAGAUGAGUUAUUUGGUACAAGGAAAACACAUGAAGGCUGUUAUUUUAUACUUUGAAUCUCUUGGUUCUUUUUGUGAUCCAGCUCUUAUUUUGGAUUUUAAUGAGGGAAUUCAGUUUAGCUCAUGAACUCCACACUUGCACUAAGUUUUGAAAUUUAUGCAAUCAUCAUAUGACAAAUAUUUAAGAUGUUA